GAUGACUAUGGACUAAAAUAUCGCUUAGGUCAAGAUUUAAGAUGCUCGGUACUGUAAUCAGCAUCACUGCCCGGGACGGAGCACGACUCCGCGCGGGGGUGGAGCGCGCGUUGUGCUAUAUGAGCGCGAGCUGAGAGAUUCUACAGCAGUCAUAACACAGCUCUUGCCUUAGAUCAUUCUCUAAACACGCAAUAAACCACUUCCGGCGACGCAUGGCAACCAAAUGUAUAUGGAUGCAGCAUCAUGUAUCUAACAUCACCUGUUACCAGACGCUGAGCAUCCAUUCAGCUGUCCAUACUACAUCAGAACAUGAACACCUCAGAGUGGCCCACACUUUCUCCAAACGCGUCUUUGAGACACACAAACCACAGCGAUGAGUCAAGCAGGUCCAAGUCGAGUGCUUCAGCUGCCUGUGAGCAGGUGCAUAUUGCACCUGAGGUCUUCCUCACACUGGGGCUCAUCAGCCUUCUUGAAAACAUCCUGGUCAUCCUUGCCAUCGUGAAGAACAAGAACCUCCACUCACCCAUGUACUUCUUCGUCUGCAGCCUAGCAGUGGCCGACAUGUUAGUUAGUGUUUCCAACGCAUGGGAGACAAUAGUCAUCCACUUGCUGGCGAACAGGAGUUUGGUGAUUGAGGAUCACUUCAUCCGUCAAAUGGAUAACGUCUUUGAUUCUCUCAUCUGUAUCUCUGUGGUGGCGUCUAUGUUGAGCCUGUUAGCGAUCGCAGUGGAUCGCUACGUGACUAUCUUCUAUGCUCUGCGCUACCAUAAUAUAAUGACCGUACGGCGAGCUGGGAUUCUCAUUGGCAGCAUCUGGACCUUCUCCGCAAGUUGUGGGAUCAUCUUCAUCAUCUACUCCGACACUAAGCCCGUGGUGGUGUGCCUGGUGGCCAUGUUCUUUGCCAUGCUGCUGCUGAUGGCGUCACUCUAUAGCCACAUGUUCCUGCUGGCCCGUUCGCAUGUCAAACGCAUGGCGGCAUUGCCGGGCUAUAAUGCCAACAUCAGGCAGAGAGCUAGCAUGAAGGGUGCCGUCACCCUUACCAUACUACUGGGAAUCUUCAUCGUGUGCUGGGCACCAUUUUUUCUCCAUCUCAUCCUCAUGAUCUCCUGCCCACGGAACAUUUACUGCAUCUGCUUCAUGUCACACUUUAACAUGUACUUGAUACUCAUCAUGUGUAACUCUGUGAUUGACCCACUGAUCUAUGCGCUCAGGAGCCAAGAGAUGAGAAAGACCUUUAAAGAGAUCCUUUGCUUUGACGGACUACGCAGCCUCUGCAACCUGGUCAGCAAAUAUUGAACAAGGUUCCUGGAAGAACCUGUCGGGAUGGACUGAUGGAUGAAUGGGUGUAUAGAUUGAUGGAUUGUUGCGUAAUUGCAGUGGGGGAGGGGAAGUAAAGCCUGAACACCUUCAUUAGGGACAAUAUAUACAAGUAUUUGUACAAAUUUUUUCAUGGUUCUGUUACAUCAUGUGAAAUGUUUUGAUGUUGCAGUAGAAGAUUCAUGUUGUGUUGUUGUAAAAUAUUGAAUUGAAAAGUUCAAAAUAUGUGGCAUUCUGUUAUAUGUACUGUAUUUAUAAUAGUUACAUCUUCCUCAGCAGGGGACUGCCAUCAGGUCAAUGCAGUGAUAUUUUGUGCACAAAAUAGGCUGGAAUAUUAAUAUGCAGAGCAGAAAUGUGUUUGUUUUCAGAUAAUUUCUUUUUUAUGAAUAGAAAACAGGACAGAAACACAACAAUAAUCAGGCAUAUAACAAACAAAAACAUAAUUCCCCAGUUUCACAGGCAAGGCUUAAGCUUAGUCCCAGACAAGAUGCAUACCAGUAAUGUUUUUCUCUAAGAGACGUUUAUAAAAGGUAAAUGUCCUAAUUGAACUAAGGCCUAAUCCUGGCUUAAUCUAAGCGCUGUCUGUGAAACCAGGCCAUUAAUGCAAAUAUAAUACAUGUAUGCAGUUUAGAAAUACUUAAUCAUAAACUGUUUAAAAUAUAAAAUAUUUUUGUAGUACAUCUGAGAAACCAUAAACAUCUCUCAAUGAAUGUAUGCUCCUCAAUAUUAUAUAUCAAAUCAAUAUGCAUGUUCAGAAUAUUUGUGCUGCACUUCAUUUCUUAUUUAGAGCAGAGAGGAAAACAGUCUUUAUAUGAAAUUAUAAUGUUUGUUGUCAUGUAAACAGAAAAUUAUUAUGUGUCAUUGACUUAAAUAUCACAAAAAAAUACAGUAAAGGCAUUUUAUUACUUUUUGUAUUGUUUCAGAAAGAACAUUUCUUGAGUUAAAAAAAGCAUGAAAACUCCAUUUAAAAUUGUGUGUAAUGCAAAUGUGUUGUGUAUGUAAUUUAUGCAUGUAAAUGGUGGACAUAUUUUUUCUAGUCUUCUGAUUUUGUCCUUUUACUGCAGAAGUAAAAAAUGCUGGUAAUUCUUUACAAUCUCUGUACAGUUGAACUUACUGUAUGUGAUAUGUAUAAUGAUUUCUAAGUGAUGAUAUCUGAUAAAUGACAUACCGUUUAAUAAGUUACGGUGUUUGUGAACAAAUAUGAGAAUUUCCUGUAUUAAACACUUAAAGACUUGA